AUGCGCGCCGCAUUCGGUAUACUCGUUUGUUGUGCCGCCGGUUGUUGCGUGUGGCGGAAGGCCUCGUGCGUGUCGUCCGAGUCCACGCCGCUGUACCUGCGCAGCGCAUACCCACUAUGGGAUCCCAAAUUCACGCCAUCCCAUUCGGCCGCCGACCCGUUGCUGCUCACGCCGUAUCUGCGCAACGGCCAGAUACUCCGGGCCAAGCAGCUGUCUAAAGUGGUGGACGUGUUUCAGCCGAACCGGGUGCUCAGCUAUUCUGGUUACUUUACCGUCAAUGAAGAACACAACUCCAACCUGUUUUUCUGGUUCUUUCCCGCCCCGGUAACUAUACAAACAUAAUAUUAUAUGCCACGAGGGUGGCGCAAACCCUCCUAGGCCAUUUACCGACAAUUUUUAUGGCAUUGAAUAUCGAAAAUAUUUGAUUUAAACUAACUACAAAUUUCGUCUGGUUUAGGGAAUAGCGUAUUUACGAUUUUACUAAGGAGGAAGAUAUCUAUUUAAUUUUAAAAUUGCGCCACAUCGUAAAAUUUGUAUCAAGAGUUAAAAAAAAUAAGAAAUCGAUUUUUCAUAGUUGAUAUAUUUUUGUAAGUAAUCUGACUAAAACGUAAAAAAAUUUGAAUUUAAAAAUAGGUGGUCGUAUAAGUAAUAUACACCAAAAAAAUGAUCGACAGGUGGGCUAUAUCUUCCUAGUUUUCCUCCCGCACUCUCCAAAAUAAAUACGCCCUUGGUAUAGGUACACUUUUAUUUAUCACAAAUUCGCAAAUUAGGUACCUAUAAUAGUGUUUAUUACUAAAUAAACGUUCAAUCUGAUUUUAACUUAUAAAUAUUAGACGUUGUAUUUUGUCAUCAGUGUUAAAUAUUUCGUGUUUUUAUAUAAAAUCCUUAACUUUAGAUAAAUUCGUAUCAAUUUAUUGUUUACCUACGUCUUACAUAUAAAUUAUAUUUGUCCAUAAAAUACAUUAGUAACAAAAUACUUAACUAUUUAUUAAUUUUUUUCUCAGCUAUUAUUUGUUAGGUAUACUAAAUUAAUAACAUGAGAAAACGAUUCUCAAAAUCGUUCAUAAAAUAAAACGAUAAUUAUUCACAAAUUACUACACCGUAGCACCAUAUGUACAACACAGUCUACACCAUUAUAGUAGAUUCAUCGCCAUUGAUAAGCCGUUAUCAUAUUAUUAAUUUAUGACGUUCUGGCAUACGUACUUUCGUCAAACUUUAUUCGACGUUGGAAUUGUAAUAAAAAUACUCCAAUAAAUGCUAAACGAGAACGUAAUCAAUAUUGCAAUAUCAAUGCGAACUGCGAGAUAUCAUCGUAUCAGUUAACAUUUUUAAAAGCAGGAAAACCACGAAAAAACAAAAAUACCAAUAAUAAAAGCAACAUUUUAUUUAUCUACCUUAUUGACAGAAACCGCUUACGUUUCAUUAAUUUAUAAAAAAAAUAUUUAAGAACUUUCCUGAAAUGUUGAGGGGGGUUGAACCCCUAUCUCACCUUAUAAGCGCGUAUAUCCAUUAAUAUUGUUAACCUGCAGAUUCUGCACCGUUUUGAUCAUGACAGGUUCACUUGGACAGUUGACAUAUUACCAUAUAUUCUAUACAAUACAUUUUAAUUCAAUGUUUGCUGAUUAAAAACAAACAAAUAAAUGAAAUGAAUAACAGAUAAAUGUUAUACGCGAGUUAAUACGACCGUAUAUGAACAAAACUAUAUUCUCAAUAAUGAUAAUUAUGAGUUUAUGAUGCCCAGGGUUCGUGAUUUGUUACUGGAAAAAAAAAAAUUGUUAUAAGCGCAAUAAAAACAUGCAUAUAUAUGAUAAUACUAUAUAUUAAUACACAAUAAACAUAUUGAAGUAUGCAAUAAAAAAUUAUUGAACUCGAAAAAACAAAUGAAUAAUUAUUAAUUUAAAUUCAUGCCAAAAUGAAUGGUUCUUCCCUCAGUUAAAAUGUCAUUGAAAAAUUGCUUUUUAUUCACCCUUAUGCUUAUUGUUCUACAUAUAAACACAUUGUAUAAUACUCUUAAUAAUAAUUUCAAUAAACAAUUUUAUUUGAAAUAACAAUUAAAUCAUGAAACAACACACUCACAUCAUCGCAUUUCAAAUGUGGUGAUGCAAAUCUAUUUGUUUUCACACCGGAUAAUUCUGAAAAUUUCUAUAGGUACCUACCUAUAAUUUCUAUUUUCAAAUUGAAAGUGUUUGUUUUGUAGGUAAAUAAAUUGUAAUUCUUAUUAUGAUAUAAUUUAAUGAUGGAAUAGUUUGUGGUUAUUAUUAUGUUUGUGGACUAUUAUAUAACAGUGUGACACAUACGAAUAGGUACAUCAAGCUGAAUUAUGUGAAUAUAAUGGCCACUGCUAUGCUUACAAAUUAAAUAAUAUAAUAUUUAAUAACUAAUACAAUUUUAACUGUUCAAAUUUACUGUUAUUAGUUUAAAUUAAAUAUUUCACUGUACUACCAAAAGUUGGACUAAUUUAUUUACGCCACUAUAGCUUACUAAGGUUUUUCUAGGACCUAUAAAAAAAAGUUAAACGCUACGAUUUAUGACUGUACUUAAGGACUUAUAACCUUAAAAAACAUAGAUAGCUAUAAAUAUAAAUGUAAAUAUACUUUUAAAAUAUUACCAAAUAUACUCUAAAACAGUUCGACUUUUAUUGAAAAUGUUUUGAUAACGAUAAUGUUUUGAAAAAAAUAUUUUUUUAUACGUUUUGAAAAUUUCUAACGUUCAAAUUCAUUGCUUACCUAUUGUAGGCCUAAAACACAAAACGGAACAGUGAGUUUACAAUAAAUUUAGCUUUCACUAAUUGUCAACGUUAAAAAAUACACUGCACGAUGAGAUAAUAUUUUAUGUUUUCACAUAUACUGACAAAUAUAUUCGAUAUGAGUAUAUUAUUAUGACUUUUUAUAGCACUUAAUAUAACUACAUUCUGUUAAACUGUGCUCUAAAAAGCAAUAUAAUUAUAAAAUAUGAUCUAACAAGCAAAACAUGUAAAAUUUACCAAUAGAAAUCCCUAACCCUAUAGUUAUGACAAUAAAUGAUCAUAAAAAAAAUAUACUGAUAUAAAGUGAAUUGUGGUGGACAUUGACAUUAGAUUAAUUUACCAAUGAUAAAAAAAUAACAUAUUACUAUAUGUUCAUAAGCGAUUAUAAUUUAAUUGGUUGUCCCAUAUAAAACGCAAUACUUAAAACCAUUUAUAAUCGAUAAGAUAUUACGUCAAUCAAAACAAAUAAAAAUUUGCUUUUAUUUACAAUUUUCAUAUAAAUUUAAGUUUAAAAAGCGUAAAAAAAAGAGCUGAUCCUAUUGCAGUGUGGACGCUAUUGUAGGUGAGAAAUUGGAAAGUUAGGAUAAAAUUAGAGUUAUUUCAUUUAUAUAAUAUGUAAUCAACGAAAAACAAUUCUGAACGUAAUUUUUACAAUUUUCGUAGAAAUUUGUACUUAAGACACUUAUAAAAAAAAAAAAUAUUAGAUUACACUCAAAUAUAUAUUUUUUUUUACCACUUUAAUAUACAACCUAUGUACUAAACCUCGUGUUAAAUGUUCAAUCAUUACUGGUUUUUCAAUACAAUAAAUACAAUAAUAUGUAACAAAUAUUUAAAAUAAAUAUUAUCAAAAAUAUCAAAUGUCCCAUCAAAAAUAGCAAAAAUGUUUUAAACAUCUAGUUUGUCAUUUUGUUACCACAUCUAAAAAAGCCAAAUAUAAGUAUUCUAUAAAAAUAUCGGGUCUAGUUAGUACUAGAUCCUCUUGUCGUUUCUUGAACAAAGUAUACAUUUGUAUAGUCUUCAUGUUCUUACAUCGUAAUAGUAUAUCGAAUAAAAGCUUUAUAGGACGUAACACAAAAAUAAAGUACUGUCCUAUGAGUAUGUAAUACACCUGUACAGUAUCCGGGGAUUUAAGAGGACUUCAGCUCUCCCACCUCCCCCUCUCCCUCAAUUGAGUUGGCUAAAAACAAAUAACAUAAACUGUUAAGCACUGAAAACUUAUUACUUAAUAGUUUAUAACUAAUUAUUACUUAAUAAGGAGCCUGAAUACGCAGGAUCCUCUCCUGACCUAAAAAUAUGGGUGACGAGAUGCUCCAAGGCUCUCACGUUUUACGUCAGGCCAUCUGGCACCCACACUACCAGCUACAAAGUGGCACUAUGAAGGGGACCCCAGACCGACGAGUUCUAACCGAAUCAUAAAAAGGAAGGGCUCACCUAGGCCCACCUAGGCUAAGCUUCUCAAGAGAUGUUAAUGGACGAUAGUCCCAUAUCUUUUUAAAGUUGAAUUAUAUAACUUAGUCUUUUCCCAAAAGGAAGGGUUCAAUUAUACAUACGAUAAGUUAAUUCAUAAAUUAUUUAAUAAACUAUGGUAACAUUGAAUGAAGUAUUUUGCGAAACAGCGACCACUUACUGCUGUCAAUUAUAAUUUGAAAAAAAAGUACAAAUAAUUUUUACUCUAUACCUACAUACUUAUAUAUUUUGCAAAACAUUUGUUUUUUUAGUGUAGUUCCUAUCAUUGAAAAAUCCUAGGUACGCGAUUGCAUCUAUCGAUCGUCAUAAUGUAUUAUUAAGUUUGAUUUCAAUGAUUUUAGACUACACAUGACUGUUAAUCUAGAAAUAAAAGUUUGCAGAUAAAAAAUUAAAUUGAAUAAGAUAAUGUUAAAAUCGUAUAAAACUGUUGCAAAGCUGCUGACACGAUAUAAAUAUGGGCUAUGAAAUAAAAUAAGCAUUAGGAGGUAUCAGAAUAUUAAUGUGGUUGUGUGAUGUGACUAUAGGGCUUCAAUAAAAUUAAUAAUAAUAUAAUAUACACGAUUGUAAAUAUUUUUUUAAAUUCUGAGUAGAGCGAAGAAUGUAUAGAUUUUAAUUUUUAAUUUUUUUUUUUCUGUGGACAACUUUUCUACCAACAAUUUUGCUCCGAUUGACUAUGAUCGCAUUUUUUCUGAAAGGAAAUCUGACUGGGGAAGUACAUUAAGCAGGUCAUUUUUUAAUUUUUCCAAUAAAUGCGAAAAUCUGAAAAAAAAAUGAGUAAUCCGGGAAAACGGGAAAUAGGUGCAAUAUUAAACAAACAUUUGUAUUACAGAAAAUUACCCUAAUAUGACAUAUUUACUGUUGAUAGAGCACUACUAUCAACCAAACUGCGCUUAGAAUCGCUUAGCAAUAUACUAUGCUCUACUCUAUGUAUAUACCGAUAAUAAAGUUAAUCGUUACUUACAAUUAUUUACAUUAAAUUUCCGUCUAUGUCCUACUUUUCUAACUUUUCACUUACAUUAGUCGUUACACCCGUCCCCAUUAUCCUAGAACAGUUUUUUUUUAGUUCUUUUAGCCCCGGCGAUACCCGAUUGAGCACAAUCGUUAUCGGCCGACUUUUUCGACGAUCCAAUUGAGUACAAGAAAAAACAUAAAUAUUGUGUACAACGUUGUCAGAUUUUCAUUAGUACGUAUGCUGUGUAAUUUGCUAAUAGAUGAAUAAUAAUGCAGCUGAAAGUUUUCGCAAAACAUACAAUUCCCAAUUUUACAAGACACAUCCACAUAUUAUACACUCGAUUAUUAUAGUUUUACAAGAAAUGGGCUGAAACGAUCGCACAAAUUCAAUCUAUAGCAAAUAAUAAUUAUAAAAAAUUUAGUGUUAUCGAAAAUCAAAAUUAACUUCACUAUAAAUGCUUAUCAGGAGUUCUAUGAAUUCAAAAAUGCUAACAACCUACUUAAAUACUUAUUAAAAGUUGGAAAUAAGUAUUUAGGGAAAGAAAUUUAAAUUUUUACUUUUUUCAUGUAUGACUGAUACUUUUCAACUAUUUUUACAUAAAUUCAGUAUUUAGGGGAACAAAUUUAAAUUGCAAUAUACACUAAACUAACUGAUCCAGCAAAUGCUAUCUUAAUAUGUAAUAAUAUAUAAUAAUACUAGUUGUCCCGCGCCCGGCAUUUACCGUGCCAAUUUGUAUUAUUAUUAUUAUACCCAUAUUCAUUUUUGGUUUUGGCCGUGUUAGAAUUGCAUGAAAACAAAUAGGUGGUAAGUGGGUAGUACACCUGCGGCGGCCUAAAUGUGUUCUAUUGUGAUAUUUGAAUAGUGUAAAUAAUAGUGAUAAUAACAAUUAUAAUAGUUUUAUUUUAUAAUGUGUCGGCGACUUUUUGUUUUUUAAUUUCAUCUGUAUCACCAAGGUAACCCAUAAAUCAACAAAAAAAAAAAAAUCUCUAUACUAAAAAUAUAAAUUACUCUGUGUCAGCUACCCUUGAAAUGCCACCUAUCGGGUCCAAUUGUAAAUCUAAACCAUCCAGGGACUCAUUCAAGCACACAUAAAAAAUUUCGUCAAAAUCAGUCCAGCCGUUUAAGAGGAGUUCAGUGACAUACACUCGUACAGUAGAAUUAUUUAUAUAAAGAUGUGAUUAAAAACUAAUAAAAGAUUUAUAUUUAUAAAUAUUGAUAUUCAAAUGUAUUUUAAUUUUUAAUAAUUCUACGGUACAAAGUGACAAUGUCGCACUUAUUUUCGUGCUCAAUCGUGUUAUUUAUUGGGUUCCUAUUGUUUGAUUGCAACCGUACUCAAUCGAGUUGUGAAAAAGGUUAAUCGUGCCUAAAUGGGUUCCAGCCUUUAGUCCAAAUAUAAUUGAUUUACAAAUGUUUUAAGAACACAAAUAUAAAUAGUCAAAUUGUAUGUUAUAUGCGUAUAAUAAUACGUGGUUUGAAUUACUUCCGCAUUGACUUCAUAUAAUAUCUAUUACUAACAUUAUGAUAACAUUAUAAUAUAAUAUAUUACAGUCGAUGUUCUACAUUUUUAUUUUUUAUCACGUGUCUUGUAUAUCCCAUACUACCCAGUUUAACCAUAAAAAAUUAACAUUAAACGCAGGUACGUUAGUUUGUUAUAUUGUUAUAAAUUAUUCACUAACCUAUAUUAUAAAUUAUAAUUUAUUUGGUUAUUCAAUUUUAUUCCAUAUCUUUUAUUAUUACUUGUUACACACAGUGUAUUGUCUAUUUAACAAUAAAAUACAAUUCAGAAUUACGAGUAUACGUAAAUUAAUAUUUACAUUUUACUAUUAUCUAAAAAAAUACGCUCAGAAUCGAAAAAAGUAACACAAGACAGACACAUCGAUCGUUCAAUCGAUCAUUAAAUUGCGUUUAAAUUGAAUACAAAAUUUCAAAAAAAAAAUUGUAUACGUUUUGUAUACAUUUAAUAUAUGCAUCCCUAAAAAAAAAUAUCACCAAAAAAAAUAAAAAAUACAUUAAUGUUUAAUUUUUAUUCUGUACUUACAAUUAUAGUGUCUUUACCACGCAAAAAAGGCUCCGUUAAUUUUGUGGUUGGAAGGCGGUCCUGGUGCCAGUAUGGCGUUUAGCGUGUUCAAAGAAAUCGGUCCAUUCAAUUGUACGUUUGACGGAGAAAACUACUUGGUCGACGAAAACCCACUAUCGUUGCACAAUAAUAAUUCGUUAUUGUUCAUUGACAGCCCGAUCGGGACAGGUAAAAAACGAUUUAGAGUACAUUAUGAUUUAUUUAAAAUAGACAAAUAUACCGUCUCGGUCUAACUUAUAAUGGGCGAAAAAUGACCGAAUAGGUGGAAAUGACAAUGAGUUUAAACACAAAUAACAAAAUUUAAAGAGAAGAAUUCUCGCAUGGAUAGUAAAGAAAUAGACGGGCCUAUGUCUCAAACACAGAACGUUCUGUUUGGUGACUAGCUUGAGUUUUCAUCUUUGGAGGGGAGCGUUUAAUUCACACACAUACGCACACAUAGUAACACCUAUAAAUAUCAAUAAAUACCUUGGCUGUACCUGAAAGAUCAGAGAUAUGGAGAUUCCCUAUCUCUAUGAAUUUAAUUCAAAAAUUGAAACAUGUUAGCAAAAUACUAACAUAAUUUAACAAGCAAUAAAGUUUUUUUAAGCAAUUAGUAUUUACGUUAUAUCAUUAUAAAGGAACUAUUCGUAGGUAGGUCACAGUUUCAGGUGGAAAGUUAGAAAGGCAUAGAAUUAUUUAUAAUUUAGUAAUUUAGUUUAUUACUGUAUGUAACGAUAGGUCAUAGCAAAACAAAUCUGAAAGUUCAGCUGAUCUUCUUUUAAAAAAUAGUAAUUAUUAAUUAUUUAGAAUUUUAUGAUAAAUUUGAAUUUAAAACGCUUAUGAAAAAAUAACUAACUUAGUCUCACUUUACAUUACUAAGUAAAACUUUUAACGAACCUUGUAUCAAAUAUUCGAUCUUUUUUUGAGAAGUCAAAAAAUCGUAUCUACAAAUUUUAAAAUAAAUACCCAAAAACUUCAAAUACUUAUAAAUAACUUAAGAUAUUUUUAUAUUGUAUCACGUCCAAAGAGCAAUAAUGUAAAUCACCGAAUGAAAUUUGAGGCCACUAAUUUUUACUGAAUAAUAUAAAAAACAGAAACCAUUGUUCUGUAAAUAUUCCUAUUUUUCUUUUUCCGGUUAUUAUUCAGUAUUAAAAAAAAAGUCAGAUUAAAAAAAGAACUAGUCUAAUGCAUCACUAGAUACAAUUUUUUAUCAAAAACCCCCAUUAGUGUUGAUAAUUGGAGUAAGUUGGUGUUUAAAAAAUUGUUAAAAUUAAAUUAUUGUUAAUAUUUUUAUUUAUUUAUUUUUUUUAUUAAUUUAUCUUCGUUAAAUAAAAUCUGCCACUUGUGUGACGGAAGAGAAUGUUAGAUACCACAGUGGUUAUAGUAGCACUAAGACUAGAGUUGUUGGCGCAAAAAAAAGAGCUGAUACUACUAAUGGGUGCGUCACAAUUGUAGUUGGAAAGGUAGACUACAUAAAGUUAUUUGAUUUAUGUCUGUAAGCAACGAUAAGCCAUUGCUAACGAAAAUGAUUCUGAGCAAAGUUCGUUAUCUAUAUAUAAUUAGCAAGGUUGUAUAUUUAGGAUUUCCUUCAAAAUUUGAUAUUAAAACAAUUAUAAAAAAAAUUGAUACAUUACACUUUUUUUAAACACUAAGGUCAACUUAAAAUGAACAUCCUGUAAAAUUUUCAAUUUCUGUUAAGUCAAAAAAAGAUAUUCACAUACUAGGUACAUACCUAUCAAAUAAAUACUACGUAAAAAACACAUAAACAUAAAAUGCCAUUAAGUAGAUCAACAAUUAGUCAAAUGUAAUUAAUAUUUUACUACAUCUAAAAAAAAGACAAAUAUAAGUUUUUUGUCAAAACGUCAAGUCUCUAUAAAUAUGUUUAGCUGAGUUACAGCAUAAAAAGUAAAUUGAAAAUAACGAAACUAUUAUUUCCGUAAACUUUCUUGUUCUCUUUACGUUUUUUUUCCGGUUUUACUCAAUUAUUAAGAAAACUACACGAGAAAUCAGAACACGACUUUUAUACUCACUAAAAAAAUUCAAAUCGAAACAAGAAAUGUAUCUUUUCAUUUUUCGGUUAGACCAAGGUUUCUGUUCUAAAAGUUAUUUACAGACGAGAAAAAAAACACAUAAUUUUAUAAAAAAAAAAAUAAAUAGAUCCUCGAUACACUCGGAACGUUUUUAUUUCUAUAUGAUAAACAUAAUAAAAAUUCUUCUAUCAUUAAUUAUUCGAAAAUAUCGAUGAUCAAAAUUUCAUUAUUGAACAAGAUUUAUCAAAACAAAUUUUUAUCGAAAAAAAUUGUUUAAUGGCCGUAUUAGUUUUUGUUUUUAGCUGUAAAUUUUUCGUGCGGCAAUCGUUAGGAAAAAAGCUACGUAUUUGCAGGCCUCGGGAAUAUUCUACUUUUUAAAAGUUAUUGUUUGAGUUUAAACGUAAACGCCAUAAUUUACUGUCUAAUAAGUAACGCAGCUUUGCCGUGUUAUCCAUUGGUUAGAUUGAAACAGCGUACUCCUUAUUUAUUGUAGACACUUAUUACAUAUUUUCAAAUAUAACACGAAUGUCAAUACGAACGAUUUUUUGAUAUUACGGUCGCUUUGUGAAUAUGUUUUCUUUUUUUUUUUAGGAUUUAGUUUCACCGAACACAACGACGGAUACGCGACGAAUUCGUCGACGGUCGGUGAACAACUUUUCGAAGCGUUAACGCAGUUUUACACGAUGUUUCCCGAACAACGACCCAAUCCAUUUUACAUCAUGUCCGAAUCAUACGGCGGUACAUACACAAAACGAUCAAAUUAAUAUUGAACAAUAAUUAGAUGGAAAAAAAAAAUAAAAGAUUUUUUUUUUAAAUUUCAAAUUGUUAAAUUACAGGAAAAUUCGCUCUUUCUCUGGCGUCGUUGAUUCACAACGAUAAACGAUUGGCCGACGUCAAAAUGGAAGGCAUCGCGAUCGGCAACGGAUUUCUGGACCCCGAGACGAUGCUGUGCUACGGGGAUUUUUUGUACCAGGUGGGUUUAGUGGACAACAAUACCAAACAAGAAAUCGUGAAACUAGAAUCGCAAGGGAGGAAAGCGAUCCAAGACAAACAUUUCGUCGACGCGUUUUACGUAAGUGCCAUUACCGUCGACUUACCGUGGACAUUUCGUUUUGAAUAAUCAAACAUUCGAACACGACACCGUCUCGUUCACAUUUUUUCGCCCGGCGUGAAUUCAUUAUUUUCGAGUGAACGCGUGUAUUAUAAUGUACGGUCGUGAUAUUUCCCAAGAAUAGCGUAUACAUUAGAGUUGAAUUGAUAAAAUCUUCGCGCUUCGGUGUUUAUACAUAUUUUUAUCGUGUAUAACAAAUCUCAUCCCGUGUUAUUAUUAUUCACGCGUUUUGUAUUCAAUGUGUUGUUUUUUUUUUUUUUUACGCGUACGCGUUAAUUUAAAUAUUUUUUUUCUUUCGUUUAUAUUCGAACGACACAAUAUGACAGCCGACAAUAAUAUAAAUAAUAUAUUAUAGUCUAUUCCGUUUCGCCAGUUCAAAGACAAAUAUGUCUGCGGAACAAUAACACUGAUAACGCAUAAUAUUAUUAUUAUUAUGGUACACGCACGGUAAACGUAUAUUAUAUAAAAAUUAUAAAAUCAAUAUAUUAUACAAUCGUCUGUAAAUAUCAAAACUCCACAUAAUAUUCGCAGAUAAUAUCGUGUCGCUAAAUGUCCAAUAAAUUUAUGUUUUUUUUUUUAGUUUUUUUAUUCCCAAUAAACAGUGAAUAGAAACUAGAAAUUAGAAGUAAAAAUAGAAGCGAGGUAUUCGUUUUUUUUUUUUUUUUUUUAUAAGUUUGUUUUUUCUUCUCCCGGAAAACAAUUUUUCGUAUAUCAAAAAUGUUCCGUGCUGCGCCUUUAAAAAAUUCCAGAUUUUUUUUUUACUGGAUAGUACUUUACUCGAGAAAAAUGUCCAGAUUCACAACAAAUCAAAAACUAAUUAUAGACAAUUAGAAGGGGUAUGGGGUAUUUUAGAAAAGAAGACGAACUCCGGUCCAAAUAUUACUUUUGUUUCAAACAUUUUUUCUAUAAAAUGUAACAAACUAACGAAAAAUGUCGACACAUCGGUUUUAUUUUCGUUGAGCCCCGUGUUACCUCGGCUGCGUGGGCCAAACACGACUAAACGAAAAUAUUACUAAUACUAAUCUACUCAGGAUCGUUUUUUUUCAGAAUUAUUGCAAUGAUUUAUAUCUAUUUUUUUCGGCGUGUAAAUCAAAUUAUCCUAUAAUCCUAUUGUAUAGGACGGUACCUUUCAAAUUUCCCGUCCACUACAGUGGCCUUCCCGCCAUAACGCGCAAAGUACGUCCGGCUUUCUUUUUUUCUUUUUAUAACAUAUUUAUUGGUUUUAAAUACGACGAAACAGUAUUGUUGACCAACCGUCUCGUCCGAAAAUGCGAAUAAACUAUAAUUAAUAAUGUUUGAAAUAUAAUAUUGUAUUAUUUAUUAUAUUUUAACUAUUAGAAAACUGCAUAAUUUAUUAAAUGAAUUCGUAUAACUCGUUAAUAUUCUCCUCUGUAACCUACAAAAUAAACCCGAAAUCAGAAACCGCCAUCGUCGCGACGAGCUGUAUUAUUAACGCGGACUUUUUUAUUUGUUACAGGCUUGGAGCGGUAUUAUGAGUAUGCUAAUAGAACAAACUCGAUUCUCGAGCUUGUACAAUAUCAUCGACGGCGAUACAGUUCCCUGGAACUCGACGAGUACCGUCGGCGGGGACCUGAGCUAUAUCAGUCUGUUGCAGACGAACAAAAGUCGGAGGGCGCUACACAUUGGCGAUAUAGAGUUCACCAGCUUGGGCGUGAUAUACUACAAAAUGAUACCGGACUUUAUGACCUCGGUGAAAGAAAAUCUGGAACAUCUGCUGACCAAAUAUCCCAUAUUGGUUUACAACGGUCAAAUGGACUUGGUGGUGGCGUAUCCGUUGUCUGUAAAUCUAUAUUCUAACCUGAAAAACCCGUACGGCACGGAUUACGUGAAAGCGACUAGAAACCCGUGGUACGUGAACAACAAGUUGGCCGGUUACAUAAAAUCGGCCGGCAAUCUCACGGAGGUGUUGGUAAGAAACGCCGGCCAUUUGGUGUCCAGCGACAAACCGGAACUCCUGUACGAUCUCAUACACAAAUUUGUUACAAAACAACUAAAUUAACAUAAAAUAAUAUUUCGCACUUAUUAUAUAAAAAAAAAGUAAAAUGUAUACCUAGUUUAAAAUUACUUAAGUAAAGGUACUUAAAUAAUGUUAAUAUUUAUUUAUUAAAACAAUAUUCGACUGUUCAAUUAUUUAUAAUAUUAAUAUAAAUUUAAUCUUUCUACAAGGUUGUUGAAAACAAUUAAAAACUAAGUCACAAAUGCAUUACAGUUUAACCGAUACGUAGUUCGAAUUUCAAAAUGUCAAGAACAUUAUGAAAAUAUGACAAAUCAGCAUUAAUAUUUUUUAACUACAAUUUCCUGUACUACGCUAUUUAUAUUUUUGUAUUUUUUGAUAUCACCCAAUGAAUUAAUUAAUGUAAAUAAACACAAAAAUAACAGAAAUAUUAUGACUUAUUAAAUUAUAAAACUGCUAUAGG